GCUUUAUACCUUUUUGCAAAUCUGAACUGAUUGAACCGGAAUUGUAUAUGGAAGAAAUGCUCAUUUUCAUAAGCAAUUAUACCACUUAAACCUGUACAAAGUUAUAUCUAACUAUGAUUGGGAGCAGCACAAAGGCACUCCCGUAUUACCCUAAGCGGAUGACUUCUCAGCAUGAUUUCGCUACGCGUUUGUAAGGAACUGUUCCAUCCAGUAAGGACUAAACAUUGCCGUUUGAACUGUUUAAAAUCGACUAGUUUAUUUAAACUUCGAAUGUCGCACUGUAGGAGAAUAAAGCGCAUGCGCCAGCUUCAGCUGUUUUAUGUUUUCCGCUUUACGCCAAAAACAGAAAAGGAUGCGCUUUGUAAAAACACAUCCUUAACUGAAUUUAAUUAAAAAACAAUAAUCUUUUAAAUGGAGUUGGACGUGCUUCGCCUAGCGGUGGACUAUUACCACUAUCUGCUGAACGCGGAGCUGCACAUUAACGAGUGGGUGCAGGAUCGCCUUAGUCUUGCGGAGCCAUUGUUUCGCUUCGUCAGCAUUUAUCUGGAGCCGGGCAAUCUGUUUAAUGUGCUUAUACCUUUGUUGGGCAUCUGUGGACAGGAUUUGCUUACACAUCUGGUCUAUGCGCUGAGUCUGGUCAGCGCGGUGAGCUCCUUCGAGAAAUGGUAGGAUAUACCCCGAGUGGCGACCGCUCUGGCGGCUACGCGAACUCUACGCCAAUGUGCAUGGUAUUAGGCCGCGUGUCGCCUUGCAAAGUCACGAUCUGAGCUGUGAGACAAGCGGCGGGAUGCCCUGCGCUCACACCAUGACCUGGACGGCUUUGCUUAUGGUUGUGAGUGUUCAUUUGCCGCUUAAGGACCGAUCCGCCAACUGGGGACCACUCGUGCAUCUCUUGAUUGGAUGCUGCACGCUCUGCAUGUGGCUGAGUCGCCUCUAUCUGGCCACGGAGUAUCUGCAUCAGUGCCUGUUGUCCACUUAUAUUGCGGUCAGUCUUCUGGCCAGUUUUCAACGGCAUCUGGACCAACUGUACGCCCAGCGACGUGGAUGGGCUGUGCUGCUGGUGCUUCUGUUUGGCUGCAUGGCCAUCUCAGUUUAUUUUAUCAAGCUGCAACUGGGAAUCGAUCCACACUGGUCAGUGCGGCAGUCUUUUAAGUGGUGCCCGGAACCUACCUAUAUGCGACAUGAGAGCAGUCCCAUCUUUCUGCUGGCUCGAGAUUUGGGCAAUCUAAUGGGCGUGGCACUCUCAUUACCCUUGGUGCAGCUAAGAACGUUCGAGUCCAAAUAUUCGCAUCGGUUUCUGGGGAUCGGCAUCCUGGAGCUCCUGAACUAUAUCCUGCGCCUCUGUACACCCAAGCAGCAUGGACGCUUUCUGUUUCUGGCCUAUGAGUUUACACGAAAUGCCUUGCACUCAUUGAUACUUCUAAGGGCUUUGCCCAAACUCCUGAAUAAAAUUAGUUAAGCAGAUGUAAAUAAAACUAUAUUGAUAGCAACUGUAGGUAGGAUAGACAUUGUACUGAACUCCAUAGUAGAAAUAUAGUAGAAUUGUACUUGCUAAAUAAUGAUGUUGAUUUCCAAUUUUGUAAACCGCGCUCUUAAAUUGAGUAUUUGUAAGAAACUAAGUGUGCAACAAAAGCCCAAUUCUAGAUGA